GUCAUGGCAGUUUGCUCGCAUGACAUGAUGUUUACAUUCGUACAUGCAGGUUGGGAAGGAAGUGCAAAUGAUUCUCGCAUAUUCUUAGAUGCAAUUUCAAAGCCUGGAAGUGAUUUUCCUAUGCCACCCGAAGGUUAUUACUACGUUGUUGAUGCUGGUUACCCAAAUGCACCCUGUUUUUUGGCACCAUACCGCGGGGAGCGCUAUCACUUGAAUGACUUUCGUGGGCAAGGACGAAUACGAAAUAAGCAAGCCCUAUUUAAUUAUCGACACUCAUCAUUGCGGAAUGUGAUUGAGCGGUGUUUUGGACUUUUAAAGGCAAGAUUCCCAAUUCUAAAGUCCAUUAAUGGUUACACAUUGAUUAGGCAAAGACAAAUUCCUCUUGCAUGUUGUGCAUUACAUAAUUUCAUUCGGUUGGAAGAUAAGAAUGAUCAAUUGAGUAUGAUGUACGGAACGCAAGACAUGGUUUUCGAUGAAGGUAGAAGUAGUAGUGGUUGUGGAAAUGAUACCAUACAAUUAGAUAUGAGUCAACAAGACCAAAUGCUACAAUUGCGUGAGGACAUCGCAAAUGCACUCUGGGCAAAUUAUAAUCAUUGA